GGCGGCGCGUCUCCAACUGAGCGCACCUUGAGCUCAUACCACGACCACCUGGCCUGCAUACCCUCCUCCUCGUCGAUAGCGUAGACCGCGUCGCUGAAAAUGCCAGCCGCAAGCCUGGCCGUCGCGAUGCAGGCGCGUCUCGCGGGGCACGCCUGUCGUGCGCGACCUACGUCCCUCGUGCGCAACGUGCUCGACACCACGGCACGCGCUAGGGGCUACCACAACCCCCCCUCGAGGGCACGUACCGCCGCGAAGGCGCCCCCCUCCAUCCUCGCCUCCACCCGACACGCAUGGACCCGCCCAACGCCCUCCAUCUUGCAGCACCCGACAUUCGGCGUACGCUUCAAUUCGACCGCGCCCGGCCCUGUGCAAACGAUCACUCGCCGCUGCUUGAACGCGGCCAAAUGGUUCGGCUUCCUCUCCGCCGGCUUCAUCGCCUCCAUCGCCUUCGGUACCUUCGUCCUCUUCGUCCACGACGCCUGCACCUACUCCGACGCGCACAUCGACGGCGUCCCUGUCAACCCGCUCGCUCUACACCCGCACAAAGGUGGCCCGAAGAAUCUCCCCGUGGUCGAGGUCCUCCUCCGCGAUGAGGAGGAUCCCGAGAUGCGCGAACUCUCGUCCAAGCCCCGACUCGUCAUUGUCGGCGGUGGCUGGGGUGCGAUGGGUGUCAUUGAGAAAUUGAAGCCCGGCGAUUACCAUGUCACUAUUAUUAGCGCGGAGACCUAUACGACGUUCACGCCGUUAUUGCCUUCUGCUGCCGUCGGAACUGUCCAGGCUCGCUCGCUCAUGGAACCCAUUCGCAAGAUUAUGGCACGCUUGAAGGGACACUUCAUCCAGGGCAAGGCUGUCGACAUUGUCUUCGACGAACGGCUGCUGGAGGUCGAAACCGCGGACAAGGGCCACAUCUACGUUCCUUACGACAAGCUGGUUAUCGCAGUCGGCUCCGUCUCGUCCACGCAUGGUGUGCCCGGCCUCGAGCAUUCCUUCCAGCUGAAGACCAUCUCCGACGCGCUGUCAAUCCGCCGUCGCAUCCUAGAGAACUUUGAGAUCGCGUCCCUACCUACCACUACCCCAGAGGAGCGCAAGCGCCUGCUCAGCUUCGUCGUCUGUGGCGGUGGACCGACCGGUGUGGAGGCUGCAGCGGAGAUCUACGAUUUGUGCCAGGAGGACAUCAUCCAAUAUUACCCGAAGCUUUGCCGCGAGGAGGUCUCCAUCCACCUGAUUCAGAGCCGUGAGCAUAUCUUGAACACGUACUCGGAAGCCAUCUCCCGCUACGCCGAGGAGAAGUUUAAGCGCGAUGAGAUCGACCUCAUUACGAACGCCCGCGUCUCCCUCAUCGGGCCUGACAAGGUCAUGUACGCGGUGAAGAACAAGGAGACGGGCCAGUUCGAGCAGCGGACGAUCCCGACGAACUUUGUGCUCUGGAGCACGGGGAUUGCGAUGAACCCGUUUACGCAUAGGGUGACGGAGUUGUUGCCGAAUCAGUUCCACAAGAAGGCGAUUGAGACGGAUGCGUAUUUGCGGGUCAAGGGGUUGAAGGAGGACGGCGUGUAUGCGAUUGGGGAUUGUGCUACGAUCGAGACCUCUGUGGUGUCGCACUUCAUGGACCUGGUCGAUGUCGCUGACAAGGACAAGAAUGGCAAGAUUGACUUUAACGAGUGGGAGAUUAUGGUCCAGGAAAUCCGGAAGCGUAUACCCAUGGCGGACGAGCACUUAACCCAGAUCAAGGACCUGUUCGUGCAGUACGACUCUGAUGCGGAUAACUCACUCGAGCUCAAUGAGCUCGUCCGCUUGCUUGAGGAUCUCGGGAAGAAGAUCACCUCUUUGCCUGCUACCGCCCAAGUCGCCUCCCAACAGGGCAAAUACAUCGGCAAGAAACUGCACAAGCUCGCCCUCGCCCGCGAAAAGCACGGCGGCAACAUCUCCACGCACCAGUCUACGCCCACCCCCGCCUCCACCCCCGCCCAGCUCCCGCGCAUCACCGACGAGGAGGUCUCAAAGCCCUUCAAGUACUUCCACCUGGGCUCCCUCGCGUACAUCGGAAACGCUGCGGUGUUCGAUUUGGGGAAGUUUCAGCUGAUGGGUGGCUUGGCGGCGAUGUAUGCGUGGCGGAGCGUAUAUUGGAAUGAGCAGGUGAGCUCGCGGACGCGGGCGCUGUUGAUGAUUGACUGGAUUGUGAGGGGGGUGUGGGGGAGAGACUUGUCGAAGUUGUGAGGAUUUUGAGAGGGAUUGACAAUUGUGCUUGAUAGCAUGGACUAGUUUAGAUGAGAUGUUCAUGAUUAUCUGGAUGUUUUGCUAUCUAACAACGUGUGGAUAUCACUUGUGCUCGCAUUAUUUAUCGAUGAGCUCCUAGCAGUCGUUCUGGU